AUGGGGGCUCCGGGGUGGUGGUCCCUGCUGCUCUGGGAGUAUCCAUGGCUACAGGAUGAGUGUGAUGAGGGGUGCCUGGUGAACGGCAAGAAUGUCCACUCCUACUUCAUGCCCCAAGAGGUCCCCAAGAGACUGGAGCUCUCCUUCCAGGCCUUAAGCCUUACUGAUACUCCUGAUGAUGUAUAUGUCCACCGCAAGCUGCUGCUCUGGAAUCUAAAGGUCCUAUCAGAUGCUACCAAGAAGGCUUGUUCCUUCCACAGGGGCACAAACAGGUUAAAGAAGAAGGAGUUUAGUUUAGAAGAGAUAUAUACCAACAAGAAUUAUAAAUCUCCUCCUGCAAACAGGUGUUUAGAGACCAUCUUUGAGGAACCCAAGGAACGAAAUGGUACGCUAAUCUCAAUCAGCCAACAGAAGAGGAAGCGAGUUCUAGAAUUUCAGGAUUUUACAGUCCCGCGAAAGAGGAGAGCUCGAGGUAAAGUCAUGGUGGCAGGCAGCUUUACCAGGGCCCAGAAGGCAGCUGUGCAGAGUCGAGAGCUGGAUGCUCUUUUGAUACAGAAACUAAUGGAACUGGAGACCUUCUUUGCCAAGGAAGAGGAGGAGGAACGAUCAUCAGGCUGUUGAGAAGCAAUUCAGUUUGAGGGUCUCAAUUUUAGUUUUUUUGUUUGUUCGUUUUUUUUUGUUUGUUUGUUUGUUUGUUUGUUUUGGACCUCCUUGGAAGAGGUUGCCUAAUUUUGCCCUGCCGCCAAACCACUCAAAAAUAUGCACAGUCCAUGAAUUUUACCUAUUUCAAGGUGCAACCUUUUUAGAAACUGGUGAAGGAGGGUCCUCUACUUUUACUGCUGAGUAUAGAACCUCAGGAAUGCUCCCUUUCUCCUGGAAAUGAACCUGAACGACAUCCAGCCUCCUCCUCAGUCUCUGCCAUCCACAGGAGGAAGCAGCAGCCUAUCUUUAGUAACACUAGGAUUCCAAGGACUCACAGGAUUUGCACGUCCAUAUGAAAGUUCCACUUUGUUUACGGUGGUGCUAGACCAAGAUUAUUAGAAACGUGGCCUAGGGAGGGGAACUGGCGUCCUGUCCUACGUGGUCUCACUGGCUCAUUUCAGUAGUUGAGGAAAGAUGAGCUGUUGUGUUUCUAAUCUUUUGUCUGCCCAGGACCUAUUGAUGUGAGUGUAAGUGAGAGUGUUUGUGUGUGUGUGGCUUUUUCCCAUCAUUUUCUCCCCUCUAUGACUGUGGGUCACUAGUGCCAGAGGAGCCCAUCCAGGCCCCAUUCGAAGUAAGUUGCACUUUUUAAUGUUGUGGUGUGGAUUAUUUUCAUUUGUUUUCUUUUUUGUUGUUGUUUUUGUACUAUUAUUGCUGCAUGUUUGGAGCCUUUAAAUGUGAUUUUAAAACAAUUUUUUAACGAGAAAAACAAUACAUGUCUUAAGAAUA